UCCUUCUUUUUGCGGUGAACCGCUUCUGCAGCACACCCUUUCUGCUUCGGCUUCCCCCCUCUUCUUCUUCGUCUGCAUAUAUACACGCACACACCGCCACGCCGCGAGCAUGAACUGAAACGGCGGCACACACCUUCUCCUCUGCAUCCUCACAUAUAACAUAGAGAAAACAGUUUCUUGCGUCCUCUCUCUUGGUCACAAGAAAGAGAUGGGUUCGGGUUCAACCACCGUCAGGCUCAUGGCCUUCGCCUCCGCUCUCGUGCUGCUGACGCACUGCACUCACGUUUCUAACAUCGAUCGAUUGUUCUCUCUGUGGCGAAUUCUUUCAGCGGCAGCGGCACCAAGCUUUCAGCAGAAACAGGCUGCGGCCAAGACGUGGUGCGUGGCCAAGCCAUCGACGGGCGAGGCGGCGCUGAGGGCCAACCUGGAGUUCGCCUGCUCCGAGAGCGACUGUAGCGCGAUCCAGGGCACGGGGGGCUGCUCCGCGCAGAACGGCGGCGUGCUGCUGUCGCGGGCCUCGGUGGCCAUGAACGCCUACUACCAGGCCAGGGGGAGGAACACCUGGAACUGCUUCUUCAACGCCACCGGCAUCAUCAGCAUCACCGACCCCAGUCUAGGCACUUGCAAGUAUGCCUGAGACCAGGGGGGGUCACUGAAGCCGAGAAAAUAAGAUGUUUCUAGGAUAUAUGUGUCUGUCCCCUAGAAAGUUUAGUGUGUUUGUUUUCACCAUCAGAACUGCCAUUGUUCGAAUCAGGCAUAGCUUCAGUGUUUUGAGUGAUCAUGAGAUGUCCAUCCUAUGCUCUUUCUUUGACAGUGAAAUAUCAUUUCAGUUA